AUGGCUGACAUCAUGGACCUAUUCCCGAACGGAAUGACUCCUAAAACCGAGAUGGUCGGGUUCUAUAUGACUGUUGUUUACGUACUUCUUAUCGGAUUCUGUGUACUCUUGAUAACCGCUAGAAAUACCGAGACCAAGGAAACACUUGUCAAUGGCGUUGGGCUACGGCUUGUAGUAGUGAAUUGGUUGAUGACCGCCUGGGCUGCGCUGUGGGCACUUCAGCUCUUUAUCCCAUCCACGAUCGUUUUAGGCAUUGUGGCCUUGCUGCUUGGAUGGAUAAUGUUCUCUCUGGUCUGGUAUACUCCUGGAGGCCCCUUGACACGACCUUUCGAUAGCCUUUUUAUCCAUUCACCACUGAAACUUUGGUUCCUAAUUACUUUGACUUUGGAUUUCCCGCUAAGUCUCUUUAUCGCUUUGGAAUGGAAUUAUCCUUACACCCGACCCGAUAUGUAUGCUCGCAAGCAGUGGGAGGCGUUCGCGUUCAUCGUAAGCAUGCAUGCGGCUGGGGUACUUUGGGUCUUCUUCCGUCAGGACCUUACUAUUACUAUUGGGGGACUCUGGAUUGUACUGUCGAUAUUGCUUCGACGCCCUAAGGGUGCUCCAGUCUUCGCUGCGCUCAUUAUAUUCGCUGUUUUGUACCCUCUUACGUAUAUCUCGACCAUGGCCUGGAAGCGGUUGAGGAGACACGAAGAAAAUCAAGGACGCAUCGCUCUUCCCCCUGAUGAGGAAGAGUCUGUUGAAGGAAAUCACUAUCCAAACGGAAAUGGCACUCAAGAAGAUGCCGCAACUAUAUACACGCAUUUACUCAUCAACUUCACGGACCACGCAACUCUUGCACUUGCAGCUUUCGUUAUUGAAUUGAUUCCAAUUGUAGAGGCGCAUUCAGGUGGAGCCACACGUGAUGUUAGCCACACGGCAAUCAACAAAGCCUUGGUACUGGAUGGGACCAAAGAAAGCGAGCAGGCCACCAGCCACAUACUCGACGACCACUAUGAGAUACAGAGCGGUCGCGUUGAGGAUCAAAAGGCACUCAAGGUAGCUGAUAAGGGUAUCGAAACUGGGAAUAACGCGGAAGGUGUCAGUGUCCCUGGAAACGGUGCCAAAACGACUGAUAGCAGGGCGGUUGAGGCUGCUGAAGAGAGUGUCGAAAUCGGUAGCCAGAGUGUUCGUCGCACACAUGAGAGCUUUCAAAGAAUAUCCUUACAUCCCAACGAACGAGACGACAGUUAUCCCAAUACCUUUGAGGAUUUCGGUCGAUUUAUUUUGGCUUGUGCUGAAAAGGACUGCAGAAACGACCUCUUUAUGAACGAGGCUACGCGUUGGAUCGUGCAAGCGGUCAAAGAUAUCGGCUUCGGGUCCAAAGGUCCCAUUAAAAACAGUUUUGCUUCAACUGUACAGAGGAUAAUCAGUCCAGUUAAAUCUGGGUCAUUGUUCUCAAAACUCCAGUCCGCUGCGAUGGGUGGCGCAGCGAUUGCAGAAAUCAAGACGCUCAUUCGCGCUGUGAUGAGAAGUUCAUCAGAAUUGGACUCUAGUAUUAUAGCAUUCGGUGCUGCCUCAAAUAGCUACAUGAACAAUACUCAAGAAUGGGAGAAUGGUAUACCAACGGCCACUGGAUGUAUGCCUAAGUGGGCUGAGUUUGAGAAUGAGGGUUGCAUACUCUAUGGCUAUAGACGAAAAUUUGCUAGACUGAUGGGUCUGGCGAAAAACGACGAUUGGAGGUCCAUGUGCGAAUCGACACCCGCUAUCAUUGACGGAAAGAAUUACAGUCACCCUUCUCAUUGUGACGACAAAGGCGUGUGGGGAAUUUAUGGAGUCUUUGAUCUUAUGGACAAGGACUGGAGCUCGUUUGUAAUGAGGGAAAACGACGACUUUCGGGCUGAGACGCCGCGGAGCAUAAAGGACGACAUCAUUGACACACUGAAAAACCUGCCCAACUUCUCAAGCUUACUCUCUGGACUCGCUGGGGAUAGAAAAGCAGAAGCACUCAAAGUUGCUGCACAGAGUGUCGAGGAGAUUUUGGGAAGGGUCCCAAGUAGGUGUACCCAGCAAUUGUUCUCGUAUGGAUAUUGCCCAAGGCUAAGGGCUCAGAAAGAUUGCAAGAAAAAUUAUUUUAUGGAGGAGACCAUGCGCUGGGUGAGGCAAGCUCUCAAUGAUGCAGGUGUGGUUAUUUAUGAAAACCCCAAAGCCACAGCUGCUCUCAUUAUUGGGAUCUCCGUUCUGGUGGCUAAUAUUAUGAGUGGCGGCAUGCUCAUUCCGGCGGCAUUACAAGCUAUAGGGUUUGGGGCCAAAGGUCCUAUUAAGGACACCAUUGCCACGGUUAUGCAGAGAGCGACAAACCCAAUCAAAAUAGGCUCGAUGUUCUCAAAGCUCCAAUCCGCGGCGAUGGGUGGCGCGACUAUGGGCGAGCUUCAAAGAAUUGCCAAUGCCGCGGUCACUGGCCUCGUGGGGGUCAGUACCAUUAAGCUCAUGGGUGCUGGUAUCAAGCCACUUGGCCAAUCAACCGAUUUCGAUCCUCGAGAAUGGAGAACUUGGGAAUCAGAGUCCAAGGUUGAUAGUCUGGCCAAGUCUUCCAGCGGACUGGCGCAGCUCUGGGGAACUCCAUCGUUUGGAGGAUGUGUUGCUUAUGGUUACCGGGAAAUUCGCGCUCCACUAUGGUUUGUUCCGGAGGGAAAGGACCCGCUUAGUAUCUGUGUGCGAACCCCAGCAUCGUUCGACGGUAUCGGCUACAAGACGCCGCUUGGCUGCGUAGAUGAGGGUCCUAAGAAAGGGGUUGUCGGAAUGUGGUAUGUACCUACCAAUGAAACGCGGUGUAUGCCUCAAUGGAGCACAUUUGAAGACGAGUGGCCUCGAAGGGAUGUAUGCUUUAUGGCCGAAGAAUUGAUGGGCUUAAAAAGCAACGACGAUUGGAAUGGCAUGUGCGAGUCUACGUCAGCGAAUAUCGGUAACAAGCAUUACGAGCCUUCUUACUGCGAAGACAAGGGUUUACGAGGGAUCUACGGGGUCUUUGUUGAUAUUGUCGACAAGCAAUGUGAAUGCUCUUGCGUGCGCAUCUAA